UCGGCACGCAGUGACAGCGAAUCUGUUCCGACGUUCCUAACUCAUCUCGUGGAACCUUUUAUCAGCGGUCCCUUGAACUGCUCCCUCUGGCCAUAGUUUGAUGUGAAAUUAAAGCCUUGAUCACUAUAAUGGGAAAGAGGCGAACAAAAGGAAAAAAUGUUCCUGCAGAUGUCUCACCAGAUGUACUGGGACCUGCAUGCAAGCACCUUCGCAAAGGAUUGGAACAAGGUUAUCUGAAAAAAGCAUUGCAAACUGUGGAUUUGAACUCUUGCCAGGAUUGCCAAAGAGAUGACAAUGAGACACAUGAAAAAUCCAACAAGAAGGCAGAAGACAAACCAUCAAUAUGGUUAUGUUUAAAAUGUGGCCAUAGGGGAUGUGGCAGAAAUUGUCAAGAGCAACAUGCCUUAAAACACUAUGAAACACCAAGAUCAGAACCUCACUGUUUGGUUCUUAAUGUGGAGAACUGGUGUGUCUGGUGCUACUUGUGUGAUGAUGAAAUCCAGUACAAUUCUUCUACUCGAUUGGGCCAGCUUGUGGAUUUUAUUAGAAAACAAACUUGUAUGAACAUUCCAGAUACAGCUUCUAAAAAUGAAGAAAACAAACCAUUGGAAAGCAAAAAACUUAAAGACCACAAAAAUGAGGAAGAGAAGGAGAAAAAAGAAAUCUUGGUCAAAGACAAUAAAAACCAAUUAAAUGGCAAUUCAGAAAUAACUGUGAAAGGUCUCAGCAACCUGGGAAAUACAUGUUUUUUUAAUGCUGUUUUGCAGAACCUAUCACAGACAUCAGUUCUGAGAGAGUUGCUAAAAGAAGUAAAAAUGCCUGACUCAACAAUUAUACUUAAGCCACCAGAAUUCUCAAUAACGGAACCUUUGGAAGUAAUGCUUGAUCCACCAAGACCUCUAACACUAGCAAUGUGCCAGUUUUUGGCAGAAAUGCAAGAGACAAAAAAAGGAACUGUGACACCUAGAGAACUUUUCUCUCAAGUUUGUAAAAAAGCGACACGAUUCAAAGGGUAUCAGCAGCAGGACAGCCAGGAAUUGCUUCGGUAUCUAUUAGAUGGGAUGAGAACUGAAGAAAUCCAAAGAACAAGUGCUGCAAUUUUUAAAGCACUAAAUAAUUCUGACAAAGAAAAUGAAGAGUUGAAAAAAGAGGUUAAAGAAUAUGAAAAGAAAAAGCUAAUGCAUAGUUUUGUGGACCGAAUUUUUGGUGGAGAAUUAACAAGUACAAUCAUGUGUGAAGAGUGUCAAACAGUUUCUUUGGUACAUGAACCAUUUCUUGAUUUAUCACUCCCUGUCUUAAAUGAUCAGACUGGCAAGAAAAAAACAAAUGAAAAUAAUGUUAAAAAAAUACAGGAAAAAGAAAUUGACAGUUAUGAAGAAAACAUAGAAAAUGAAUGUUAUGUGAAAGAAAGAGAUGAAAUUCCUGGUACAAGUAAGCAUCUACAGAAAAAGGCAAAGAAAAUGGCCAGAAAGCAAGCAAAGAACCAACGCCAUCAACAGAAAUUUCAGGAAAAAGCUAUUCAUCUAACAGAUAGUGGUGCUACUGAAAAAACUGAAGUUGAUCAGGAUUGCAAUAAAAUAAUAGAAAGUAACUCUGAGAUAACUUGUCUGAAAAUAGGAGACAAAGAGUCAUUAAACAUAUGUGAAGAGCAUUGCGUGGAUAAAAAACAUAUAAAUGAGCGAGAAAGUAUAAUUCAAGUACAGAAUGCAGAAAAACAUGAUGAAAAUGCAGACAGUUGCCACCAAGACGCAAACAAUGAAGUCAGUUUGGGUGUUUCUACAAAAGACUUUGUUCCCACUAUAGAGUGUGCCAAUAAAUUUGAUGAUCUGCCUCUUGAGAAUAAGGAUGAGGAAGAUGAGGAUAUUAUCAGUGACUUCAGCAAAUUAUUUCUGGAGGAAGAGCCUGGUGAAGAUACAGAUAGUUUGAAUGAAUUUUAUGAUUUUGAAACACCAAUAUAUGAAGUAGUAAAUGAAGAUCCAGAAACAGCAUUUUGUACUCUUGCAGGCAGGGAUACUAUGAACAUAGAAGAAAAUUCAAUUCUUCAUUGCUUGUAUCAGUUUACUCAUAUUGAGAAACUUUGUGAAAACAACAAACUGCUUUGUGAAGUGUGCACACGCAACCAACUUUGUGGAAUGAAGACUAAUGGAAUAAAUGCCAAGAAAUAUCUAUACACUAAUGCCAAAAAACAAAUGCUUAUUUCUCUCGCUCCACCAAUUUUAACCCUUCAUUUAAAAAGAUUUCAACAGGCUGGAUAUAAUCUCCAAAAAGUAAACAAGCACAUAACAUUUCCUGAAGUUAUGGAUUUGGCUCCUUUCUGCUCAAUUAAGUGCAAGAGUGUAACAGAGGGAACUUCAGAAGUAUUGUACUCCUUAUAUGGUAUUGUGGAACAUAGUGGCACUAUGAGAUCUGGUCAUUACACUGCUUAUGUGAAGACAAGAACUGUUACCAGCCAACUUUCUGAUCUUGUACAUGGCAAGAUUCAACAAACUUCAGAAUCAGAGUCACCCAGAAGACAGUGGUUUCAUAUAAGCGACACUCAUGUGCAAGCAGUAUCCAUAUCCAGAGUCCUGAAAUCACAAGCAUAUCUUCUCUUCUAUGAAAGAAUAUUGUAAAUUGGAAACAUUCCAAUCAAGGAAAGCUUCACCAAACUUUAUCAUGUUCAAUUUAUUUUCUUUAUAUCUUGAAUCUGAAUUUAAACAUAACUUCCUUUUUCUUUUAAAUAAAUAUAUAUGUAAAUGUAACUUCGUUUGGUUAAUACAUCACCUGAUGAACUGAAUUUGUGUGAUAGAGGGUAUAUUCCUUGAUCCAUGAACUCAGAUCUUAAUUGUAAAGUUUUUUAAAAAAAUGUCCUAAAAGAUGCAAUAAUAACAUGGAGAUCUAUCAUUACUGUGAUAUAAAUUGAGCUAGCAACUUGAAAUAGUUUACUGUCAAUAUAUUUGUUACAAGUAAUGAGAGGGGAAGUGUGCCGCAGAGCACAAUUCAGGAAUGUGUCAAAUUAUAUUUGACUAGCUUACUUACAAAUAUAAAACUUAUUUCACCCCUAUAAUGGCUAGGAGAAACAAAUGCUGUCUCAUAUAUAUAUAUGAGUAUACAGCACAAAUGCCUCUUGUAAUACAAUGGAAAGAAUAGUCGUCUCAUCAUACUGUAGAUGCCUAGGAUUUUUUAAUCAAAAAUGUAAGUUAAAAGGUCUAAAUCUUCCUCCUGAUCUUCUGUAAUAUAUUAUGAAAUCAACUGAUUUCAAAGGUCUUGUACAUGACAAAAGGUUCAUGACUACCAAUUUGAAUGCACUGUUUUAAAAACAUGAUUUCAUCAAAUGUUACAGAAUAAUUGACUAAUUAAUUAAUUAUUAAGAGAUUAGCUAUUACAGCUAUACAAAGGAGUAAAAAAAAUGCCUUGAAUGCAAAUACGUACAAAGCACCUCUUUCCAAAUUGUUAAGGCAGCCAUAUUUUUUACAAGCUUUGUGCAGUUGUUUAAGAAGCUGUAUCUGGAUUACAUGGACAUAUUUCUUGCAAAAGAUUCAUCUGCUACGGUUAAAAAAUAGCUGCCUAAUUAUGGUCCUAUGCAUCAAAAAUCAUGUUUUGAAUGCCUUGGGUAGCUCUAUAAACUAUUUGAUGCUUUGCUGUACUGUACUUAAAUAAUUAA